AAGAAAACGGGAACUGAAACAUAAACAGACAGAUAUUGGCGCCAUCCGUGACCAGUCCUGCCUCUGUCUUUCACUAACUACAGUUGACGAACACAGUAAGGUGUAACAAUUAGUACAUGAAGGAGUUUGUUAAAGUGUAUUCAUAAAGACCAUACUGAGAGGACAACGAUGGCGGAGGUAACUGGUAGUCAAGAUGUUGAGGAGUCGGGGAUCUCCAUGGUGGAGCUGCUGAAGGAGGAGGAGGAGAGGCAGCUGGACGCCGCAGCUGUGCUGGGUGCCGCCGACGACACCAAGUGUACAUACGACCAGGGAUAUGUCAAACGGCAAGCACUGUAUGCUUGCAUGACUUGCUGCUCUGUGGACAGUGGUAGAUUAGCUGGUGUAUGCUUAGCUUGUAGCUAUCACUGCCAUGAGGACCAUGAGCUUAUUGAACUUUAUACAAAAAGAAAUUUUCGCUGUGAUUGUGGCAACUCCAAGUUUCCUCACAAUGCUUGCAAGCUUUUGAAGGACAAACUGCCUGAAAACCCAGAAAAUGGAUACAACCACAACUUUAGUGGGACGUACUGCACCUGUCAACGCCCCUAUCCUGACCCAGAGGACACCACAGAUGAUGAAAUGAUUCAAUGCUGCAUCUGUGAGGAUUGGUACCAUGGCAGGCAUCAGGGCGGCAGUGUUCCUCCUGGUGAUGACUAUGUGGAGAUGAUUUGUGGACAGUGCCUUGCUAAACAUGAUUUCCUCGCACCUUACAUGGGUCUGGCUGUUGCUGUGGUUAAGGCGGAAGAAAGUAAAUGUGUGGUUGAUGUUGAGAAGUCUACUGGGAAAAAUCCACAAAAUGGAUCAUCUUCUCCUGUAAAAGAUAAGCAAGAAAGGACUGAACAUAAGGAUGCUGAGGAAGCUAAAGAGAAAGAUAAGAAGGAUGUUGAGGAAGCUAAAGAGAAAGAUAAGAAGGAUGUUGAGGAAGCUAAAGAGAAAGAUAAUAAGGAUGCUGAGGAAGCUAAAGAGAAAGAUAAGAAGGAUGCUGAGGAAGCAAAAGAGAAAGAUAAUGAAGCUAAAGAGAAAGAUAAUAUGGAUGCUGAGGAAGCUAAAGAGAAUGAUAAUAUGAAAAUACAAGUCAUUGGGACUGAAAAAAUAUCAGGUUGUAAACUGAAUGACCUGAAAAAACAAGAUCUGCCAAGUGGUGCUGUAUUCUUACCAUAUCUAUGGAGAAAACAACUCUGUACCUGUGAUGAAUGCAAAGCCAAGUAUGAAGCAAGAGGGGUUCUCUUUUUACUUGAUGAUGAGGACCCUGUAUCUUUUUAUGAAGAAAGUGGGAAAUCUCAUCAUCGGAAUCCUGGUGCUGAUGUGCAGAGAGAACUGGAAGCUCUAUCGUCACUCGAUCGUGUCACUCGCACAGAGAUGGUUCAUGAAUACAACACCCUGAGCUCAUCCCUCCGAGAGUACCUGCGUAAGUUUGCCGAGAAUAAGAAGGUGGUGCGAGAUGAGGACAUACGUGAAUUCUUCUCCCAGUUAGAAGCCAAUAAGAAGCAGCGGCCAGGUUCAAGUAUCCAGUUGUUUUGUAAAUAAAUAACUCGACUGAGAAGCUCUUAGGUUUUAGUGGAUUUAAGUACUGUACAAUAUGUAUUUUUUUCCUCAUUAGAUGUACUGUACCCUGUAUUUAAAUUUUUAGGUGACUGAACUUCUUUGAGGGUUAAUAAAUAAAAGUACCUCAAUACAGUAUAAGGUUUACUAUCCAGCAUUUCCCUAAUCAAAAAGUUACUGUAUCUGGAAUUUCCAUUAUUUCUCAAUACAACUGCAUGAAACUGUCAUAAUUAAAUAUUGACACUUCAUUGGUAAAUUUGUUUAUCAAAAAUAUUUGUUAUUAAAAAACAAAAAUAUUGUUCUUGUAGAAAGUAAUGAGACUAAAUACAAUGAUAUCUCUGUUAGACGGAAAGAUUUGUUUAGAACACUUUGGCUAACGAGGCGACUCUCAAACUCGGAAAAAUCUCCCAUCCUCAAAAUUUUUCCGGGUACUGGAUAAAGGGAAAAGUUUCUCAGUAAUUUUUCUGAGUACUGGAAUUUUUUUAUGAAUUUUCCAGAGACGCAUUAUUUCAUCUCUCAAACCCAGAAAAGAUCCUCCAUCCCUGGACUUUUUCCAGGUACCGGGAAAGUUUUCUCAUAAUUUUCCAGAAAAUACUGUACACUCCUUGAGCAAAUUUUAAUUCUGGGUAAGAGAGAUUUCAGCUGGCAGGGAUAUUAUUACAAUUUAAAACAUUAGUUGGGUGUUAAAAAAAAAAUCUGUAAAAUGUGUUAGAAAAAUGCUCUUAUAACUAAGGUAUUUUCAUAUUUGAAACCAAAUAGGUCUGACAUGCUGGUUAAUAAUUUUUUUUAAUUUUAAUGAUAAUUCUUUUCAAACUAAUGAUUCACAUACUGUGUGGAAGAAUCUUGUAAUAUAAGUGUAGAAUGUGAAUUUUAGAGAAAAAUAAAAUUUUUGAAAAAU